UUAAUUAUACUAAGUCAUUAUUAUGUAUCCUAGCCAAGGUAACGCCAAUUUAGGCGGGGGCCCAAGAGUAAGCCCGAAUGGAGAACAGCUGCUACAUCAAUCUUCGCAGCAUCAACAACAACAAAAUUUGAACUAUAAUACUGACCAAACAAAGCAACAACAUACGGACGUGCCACCCUCAUCUCAGCAGCAAACCAAUCCAAAUAAAAAAAUUGCAAAAAAGGCAUACGUUAAAAUUGUGGAACAACCUGCUAGCAAAGCAUUGAGAUUUCGUUAUGAAUGCGAGGGUCGUUCAGCUGGUUCAAUACCAGGCGUGAAUUCGACCCCGGAAAUGAAAACAUUUCCUACGAUCGAAAUUGUAGGUUAUAAGGGACGAGCAGUAGUAGUCGUCUCCUGUGUGACCAAGGACGCUCCAUACCGUCCUCAUCCGCACAAUUUGGUAGGGAAGGAGGGUUGUAAAAAGGGUGUGUGCACCUUGGAAAUCAACAGCGAUACGAUGCGUGCCGUAUUCAGUAAUUUGGGAAUACAGUGUGUAAAGAAGAAAGACAUUGAAAGUGCUUUAAAAGCCAGAGAAGACAUUCGCGUUGAUCCUUUUAAAACCGGGUUUUCACACCGUUUCCAGCCAACUAGUAUAGAUUUAAACUCUGUCAGAUUGUGUUUUCAAGUAUUUUUAAAAGGUGAUAUGGGUCGUUUCACAGUACCCCUGCCACCAGUAGUCUCAGAGCCAAUUUAUGAUAAAAAGGCCAUGUCAGAUCUCGUUAUUUGUCGUGUUUGUAGUUGUUCGGCCACGGUUUUAGGCAACACAAAAAUAAUUUUGCUCUGCGAGAAAGUUGCUAAAGAGGACAUAGCCGUGCGAUUUUUUGAAGAGAAAGACGGUGUCACAAUUUGGCAGGGAUUUGGCGAGUUCGAGCACAAUGAUGUUCAUAAACAGACCGCGAUUACAUUUAGGACACCAAAAUAUCACAAAACUAGCAUAACAGAGCCGGUCGAGGUAUUGGUACAAUUGCAAAGGCCUUCAGAUGGAGCAGUUAGUGACCCUGUGAAAUUUGAAUAUGUGCCAGCGGAGUCGGGACCAGAGGAAUUGAGACGAAAACGUCAAAGGACUGACGGUGAUUCAAUGCAUUCCUCGUUGCAACAACAGCAAAAAAAGAUCCAAAGUGAUCACCCAGGUGGUCGAUUGAUAAAUUGGAAUGCAGCCAAUAUCCCAGCGAUUAAGACAGAGCCAAGAGAAGCGUCACCGCAACCAUUUAACUUAUAUCGUGGGCCUUCAGAGAUGACUCCAUCACCACAGCCGUUAUCGCCGCCGAAUAACUACAAUAAUCCAAAUACACCAUCUCCCUAUAACAUGGUUGUGGGGGGAAAUAUACCGUUGAUGUCACCUAGUCAUCAAUAUCGAGGAAGCACUGGGAUAGGAGGAGGUGGAGUUCCACCAAAUACUGACCAAAUGCCCAUUCCACUAGAGAUGCAUAACGAGUUUAACGCCUAUAGAGGUGGUCAGCCACAACAACUCAAUUCUCGACAGUUUGUGCGGCAAACUGAACUGCCACAACAGCAGGAUACUAAUCAACAAUCACAGCAUCAGCAUAAUCACCUUCAACAGCAACAGCAACAGCAACAGCAAUAUCAUAAUCUUCUCUAUGGAAACGCAGAGGCAACAAAUUGGGAAGAAAAGUAUUCCAAUGUCCUACCGGUUAUGGGCAACACGAGUACAGCAGCCAUAGCAAUGAAUAAUCUGAACCCAAGCAACGCCCAGUUCACUUUGCAUAAUUUGUUGACGGCCUCAGCCACGACUGGACCAGUUGCAACGCAGCAUCCGCAUUGGAAUUUUCCACCAAAUAACGAGCAGAACGCACUGUUGCAACAACAACAACACCAGCAUCAUAUGCAGAUUCAACAACAGCAGUCACCUCAAUCGCCAUUUCAACAACCCGUGAACAACAACCACGAUGCGACAAUGGUGAACCUCUCUAGAAGCAACAACGCAGGCAAUGCGAACAACGAUGACACUGUCGGAGACGGCGAACAGGGCCCAACAAUAAGCAACUUAUUGAAUUUCGACAGCGGUCAGCUGGUACACAUCAAUUCGGAGGAGCAGCAAAUGCUCCGACUCACCUCCGAAGAACUUCGACUCUCAAAUUUAUCUAUAUCGUCGUGACGUUGAAUGGCACAUCAUUAAAUUAAGAACACAACCAUAUUCGUGCAAAUUAAUUUUGGCGCCAAAGCGCACACAAACUCACAUAAGUACUAUAUACUCGUAUGCAAGCGCUUAUCUUUAAGUUGAUUGAAGAAUAAAUGCCAUACGUAUAUGUAUAUGUAAAUAUCUCGUUAUUACCUUACAACUUACGUAAUUACGGGAACGUUUUGAUGAAUGCAUAAGAAAUUACUUAAAUGCGAGAGAAAGUCUAAUAAAAAUUAAGAUUCAAAUAUUGAUUUAUCAGUGCUGGCAAGCUUGCACAACUUCAAUGCAUUGAAAUGUUAUUUUGUUUGUAUUAGUUGUAUGAUUCCGGUUAUAAUUUAUAUAACAUAAAAAUCUUAUUAUUAUAUUGUAAAUUAUGUUAAUAUUAGUAUCCUCUUAGUCAUUGAGUUGUGCUUAGGUUUCAUUAAUUUCUUUUAUAUGUUAUCCACAAUUAAAAAAUCAAUUACAUAAAAUAUAUAGUAGUAUGUACAUAUGUAUGUAGUUUCUAGUACUAACUAUUUGGCAAAUUAAUCGAAUGAAGUAAUUAUUCGGUUCCUUUCUUGUAUUGUAAUAGAAGUCAACAUUUAGAUACCACUUAUUUCCAUCCUUUCUACCGAUUUAUUCCCAGUAAAAUCCGAUAUUUUUCACACUAAACAGAUUAUAUUAAGUGGUCAUUGCAAAUGGUCGUUAUUUUCCUUUGGCGCCCAUAAUAUAAUAGCUACUUCUAAUCCCAUUCAUGAUACUGAUAUGGAGAUAGUUAAGCAUGUUACUUAUUACUUUGGCAUAAUCGUGAGUUUUGCUUUAAAUAAAAUAUUUGCAUAUGGAAGCAACAUUUAGUGUUUAGAAUCCGCCUGCGCCCAAAUUUAUGCUUCCCUAGAGCUCUUUCACACGGGUCAACUUCUGUUGCGGCAAUUCUUUGUUUAUAGGAGAGGGGGCGACUAAGAGAGGAGAAUCACGUCUGCUGUUCUUAUUCGUAACAGUUCGCUGCUACGUAACAGUGUUGCAUUUGCGCACAUUUUAAAAUUAAUGUAUACAAUAUAUUUAAAAUAUUGAAUUGAUAUAUUUAAUUUGAAUUUUAUAAUUUAUUUUUUGUAUGUAAUUUGCAAAUACAUAUAGAAAUAUGCAUAAUAUAAUUAACAAAUGUUAAACAAUGGAGAAUAACGAUAAAAAUUAGCUACUGUAUAAAUUUUUUUGUUUGGAAACGAUGCGUACAAGAAGUUGAGAAAAUAAUUUAAAAGAGAAUGAGAGAAAAACACGAACAGAGUUGUCGAACCUAACUUCCAGCAAAAAGAGAAUCGCCCGAGAAUUUGCAACAGGAGUUGACUCGUUUAUUUUCUUUUUGGCGGUUGACUUCAAAGCCUUGGAAAGCUUCUGCAAGAUACGAAUCUUAUUCGAGAUUAAUUAUACCUCGAGAUAUUAACUCAAUAAUAUUAUUUAUUUGUUUUAUCUGAAGUUUUUAUAUAGUACGUGUAAAUAAGUGCAAGAUUGGAAUACAUUUUGCUAUACGUACAUGUACACAUAUGCAGUUUCUUUCGCUCAAUUCAAAACCAAAUAUAUAAAAUGAUAAAAUAAAUUAAAGAAUAUCAAUUAAAAGUAAAACAAAAAGCCGUACUGUUUCGAUACAACUGAGUAGUCAAAGAAGUGCCGGCGAUGCUAUCAAAUCGUUGCUAACGUUUAACAAUAUUUAGCGCCUUUUCGAGAGUAAGACCAAACGGAAAUGCUGUAAUCUUCGGUGGUGGUGUUGCUGGUAGCGUACAAUAAGCGAUCCAAUGUACCAGAUGCAACGUGGCACGCUGAUAAGCAAUAGAAUUGUUCCAGUAGGCACGUAAACGAUUACCCAAAGUGGCUGCCAAACAUUGUUGCAAAGUUUCUACCUCACGGGACAGAUUUGCAACUUCUUUCCGCAAUUGUGACUCCUCUUCCAAGCAACUGUCCAACACCAGUGUUUUCCUUUAAAACAGAAGUAAUGAGAGUGUGAAAUUCAGUGAAAUAUGAAAUGUACUUCCUGUUCGGAACACAUCUCAUAUAAAAACUUCUGUCUAUUUGUACAUAACUGAAUACACCUGUAUGAGUAGCACAAAACUAAAUCUUUGACCAAAAGUUAUAUAACAAGGUUGUGAUAUAAUUUAAUACACUUUUUUAUCUUUGGUGUCUAACCUGGUGUUAAUAAUGAAUCACAAUCUUUCGGAAUUUUAAAAUAAAUACCUCAACUCUUCAGCCACAAAUGAGGUUCAAAACUGCAUAUCAGUCGAUUACACUUUAAGAAGAUUAUGGAGGAUAGAUCUCAGGGGCACGCCCUAUGUUUUUGCGUGCUUUGCAGUUAUUGUAUAAUACUGAUACUUACUUUUUCAAUUCAUUCAUUUCCCAUUCAAACGACUCCAGCUUAGUGAGCGCAGCGGUUAGAGCAUUGUUUUUAUCCCUAAUUUCGUUAGCCAACUUUUCUUCCCUUUGCAAAGAUUCAUUGUUUACUUCGCAAAUCUAAAAUACCACAUUAUCCGAAAAUUAGUGAUAUAGUAAAUUUUAUAGUAUAUAUUUUCAGUGUUUUACUUCAUUAAUAAGUUCCUUCUUCUGUGCUUCUAAGGCUUGAACUUUACGUUGCUCACUGGAUAAAUUUGCCUGCAGCUCCCGUUGUAGAGCCAUUGCCUUAAAUAGGUCCGACUUUGUCUGAGAGAGUAUUGCAUUGAGACCAUCGAAUUCUUGUUCUUUAAUUUGGAUCUGCUGUUCAAGUAGUGAUCUGUCAGCCUUUAAGCUAAUUAGUGAAGUGGUAAGACUCUCGCAAGAAGAUUUUGUGUUGUUUAUAUCUUCUAAAGACCGCUUGAGCUGAACACUGAGUUCAUCAUUACGUUUUUGCUCAACUCGAAAGAGGGUGUUGAACACAUGCAGUUGGUUCUUUGCUUUAAUUGACUUUAGAGUUUAAAAUGUAUUGAAAUCUGUUUAACAAAAAAAUAGAAAACGAUCCUAGACUUACACCACGUUUUAGGUUGUUUACCUCCUCCAUAAGGCGUUUUACUUCGUCUCGCCGUUUUCGCCAUGCAUUUAACAUGACUGUUGCAAAAAUACGCAUUCCGGCCACCUUUGGGUCGCGAUCCUGAAUUACAUAAUAAUAAUUGCUUUGAUCGAACAUCUUGUUUACCAACGAGGAUUGGCUGGAUGCUCCCAUUAUGCCAGCUAUAUGAGAUGUUCUACUCGGCAUCAAAGCACUGGGAUUUGUUGAGUGUCCACCCAGCGAUUGUGAUUGUGACGAAGUCAAUAUCGGAUAAUUAAUGUUAUUGUCUCGACAGGUUCGCUUUAAAUCCAUUUGCGUAAUCGACUUACGGAUACGAAAAUUCAAAAUGGCUGCUGUAUUUUGGCGCCGCAAAGAUAAUUGGGUUGUGGAUAAGUUUGAUGUUGUUGCAAGUUCCAGUUUUUGAGAAAUAUGAUUUCUGCACUGCUGCAGUUGCACCAAAUUCGUCGAGGUCAAUGGCUGCACUUCAGGUUUGGAUAUUGUCGCUUCUUUUGUGGGCUUGCAUUCAGAGAUUU